GAACUCUUCCGUCAAUCAGUGCACCUUGAAUUAGUUUUAUCUUCUAAGUUAAAGCCAAGAUGUAUUUUGAAGAUCGAUAAAUUCAACUUGCUCUGUUACUUUUUAUGUCACAGUAUCAGAAUCAGAAUUACUUUAUUGAUCCCUGGGUGAAAUUAGUCUAUUACAGUAGCUCAAGGUGCUCACACAAUGUUAAAGAAUAGAAGUGGGUAAUGAUAUAAAUGUAGGUAUAUACAUGUAAGGAAAAAAAAGUACCUUUUUAUAGUAAUAAAAUAUAAACAAUAUAUGCCAAAUAUAUAUAUAAAUAUAUAUAGUAAAUGUAUGCCACAGUAGAAAUGAGAUGAGUAAUAGCAGGAACGGGUGAGGGUGAAUAUGGAAGGACAAAUGUUGCCACAUUACCAUGAAUAAUUGAAUGCAGUCCAUUACAGUAUGGGAGCAAUAAGUUGUAUCUUUCCAAUGUUUUUUUAUUCAGGCUGUGUAAUAACAAUAGAAGUUUUGAGUGGGCCCGACUCGAUUUAUUUCGCAAAACCGUUUGGCGAAACGCUUAGAAUAGUCGUAGCACUAAUGUCCCGGCCCGAGCCGCACGUUUUGAUACCUUUUUUUGUGUAUGUGCGACCGAAACGGAGUAAACACGAAAAACGAAAAACAACAGAAUAAUGCCUGUUCACAGUCAGGCUUGUUGCCAAGCAACCAGGGCCAGGCCACGGCAGUUAAGAGCAGUUGAGCGCAGAAAAUCUCAAAAUGAACCCCCUCGAACCAUUGGCCAGGAAGGACCGAAAUGAAACCCGAAAAGACCGUGAGCAUCGUCAUCUUGUUGACCGUAGGACUGCCGAGUUUCAGUGGCUAAAGUUAAAAAAUGUGACCUCUGGAGAUUGAGGAAGAACGGGUGCAACGAGCUCCUUUCAAAAUUCCUCCUGUCCAGUUUACAUGGGAGUAGAUGGGGUCGUGAGCGGGUGUUGCCGGCGUAUCAGUGCAUUUCCAGCCAAAACUAUUUGUCUAACAGCUUCAGCAGUGUUAUCACUGCGACCCCAUCGGAUUUACCUACGUUUCUAUCGAUAAGUUAUUUCUGUAGAGUGACAUUUGUGGCCUUGAGAGCAGUUUACAAAUGUAUUUUACGACAAAUUUUCUCUCCCUCUACACUCCAACAUUCUACCAAUACACACCCAUUCAUUUUUUGGCAUGUCUUUUGGCGAUUUAUCGGCAAACUGUUUGGCGAAACGCUUAGAAAAGUCACAGCAAUAAUGUCCCGGCCGAGCCGCACGUUUUGAUGCCUUUUUUGUGUACGUGUGACCAAAACUGCGGGAGGAGUAGUCGACCGAAAAACGUACGGAACGAUAAUAAUAAGUGUGGUGAAUAGUAGUAGUGAGCUUUCCAGGCACACUAAUAAAAGUUUACACGCAAAAAAUAGGUCAAAAUAAUCUGUGGUGUUUUUACCAUAUCGUGGAAACCUUAUGAACCACUGUAAGUGCUGGCCUACAAAUCUUGUUUGGUACAGACCCCCAAAAGUUUAUUAUUAUUAUAUUAUUUUAUAGGGACAGAUACAGUGAGCAUAGACAGACUGAAAACAGCUAUCUAAUGCAAGUAUCAAACUGUUUUGCAGAUGUGAAUUCUCAACACCCUAGAGGGGCUUUUAUGGAAAUAAGAGGUUAAAACAGGAAGGUAAAAAAAAGAGUAAACAGUAAGACUUUACAAUUGCCACUUGAAGCUGCUCUGGUGUUACUAGCAGAGAGUCAAUUUAAACCAAGCUUUACAUAGUGAUGAUCAAUAAAAUGUUCAACGCUUAAUGCGACAAUCAUGGUACCUUGUUUUGCUUUUUGUCCAAGAUUUUAAAGGCCUGAUUAUAAAGACACACUAUGGAUUUAACUACAGACUUGUUGGCCUGGAACCAGGUAGUUAAAGAUAUAAGUGUGAAAAUAAUUGAAUUUUACAGGCACCGAGGCACAAUCAAAUGAUUUCUGGUAUCACUUCUUGUUCUUCUAUCUUGUUUUGUAAGAGAGGUGUUGACUCUUGAAAUGUUCUAAAUUGCUGUUGGAUCAUGGCUCAUCAUUGAGCUGAGAAUGAAACGACACACCCCCUUUGCCUGUGCUGCCAUCGGCGUCACUCUGGCUUGUUUGCAUAGCUGGUCUGCUCCGUGUGCAGAUGUAUUUCAACUAACGCAGAGUCGGUGAUUGUUGGAAUGGUGGAAAGAAUAACAAAGACUGUCUUAUUUUGUUUCUGCCCUCUUUAAAUUAAAUUAUAAUUAAAUGUGAGGUAAGUUUUUUUUUCCUAUGGAGUUGUGAGUGAUGGGGAUGUCCUUUCCUCAAUGUUGAACACUUAGAACCACAAUCUGAGCCUGUCAGAACGUGUUUGACGGGCACAUUUGUCCCAAAGGUUUAACGUCACACUUAAAUUGCGACCACUGGCCAAUAUUAUUACAUCCAACUCUUGGAAUUACGGAUUUAUUUUGGCCGAACCAGCGUUGGUAAUUGUUAGAAAGACUAACCAAGUCGGUUUUUGUGAGUUUUAUUUUGUUUCUGUCCUAUUGUUUUGGUCUGAGAUGCUGGUGCUCCAGUGUGACAUCCAGAGGCAAGUGACUUCUGUAUAUAUAAACUUUAAGACCAUCGCAUUGUAAAUCAUUUGAACCCUAAUAGUGACUCAAUCUGUAUUUUGUUACAUUAACUAACAUCUAUCUAACCUUAUAAUUGCACUUUUGAGUACUGGGGGUUCAAUUGAGGCUGUCAUUAACUACCAGCAUUCAGCAAUUUUUUUUUACAGUCGUUUGAUUCUUCCAGUAUGAUCUAUAAUUGUGAUGUUCUGAAAUGGACAUUGCUGGUUUCAGAUGUUAAAUUUUGUAAUGAGCUUUGUCUAUCUGGUGGUGCCAGUCUCAACUAUUUCCAACAGAGAUGAGAAUGGAAAGGAAAUAAAUGAGUUUGUGUCUGUUUCCUGUUAACAGCAGUGUUCUCUUUAUCUGUGCGUGGUUUCUUUUGCCUCCUCUGUUUUGUCUUGCUAGUGAAGACCAGGAAGUGAAAUAGACCAAAUGAAUGUUUAUCCAACAAGAAAUACCAGAGUGGACAACUAAAGACACAACCUUCCAGAUGAUGGAUUUUACCCAUCCAAGAAGAUGAAGUUGAGUCUCAUUCAAUAACCCCAUCCUUUGUUUUUUUUUUUUAACUUUUCAGCUUUGCAUUACUAUCGAAGCGUUGUGUCCCUUCUCCUGCUCCAGGGCCCUUAACAAGGAAGCUUUCUCUUGAUUGGCCAGCAGGAGGCCUCCUUGCAGUUGGUUCAACUGAAAGCCCAGCUAGGACCUACACAGAUACAAGGCUCUCGCUGUUGGCAGCUGAGCCGCAAGCUUUACAGCAAACCUCAACACACCUACAUACUGACAACACCUCCUUCCCCGAGUGUUGCAGCCAUCAAUCUCCUUAACCUUCUGAAGAUACCAAACACAAUGUCCAAUCCCCUGUAUAACCCCAAUGCCUCUGGGAACCAAACUUCUACCCAGGGGCAGUAUGGACUUUCGAAUAUACAGGCAGGCAAGGACCCUCGGACGGUAUCUUCUCAACGUGGAUCCAGUUUCGGGAUGGCCUCCUACCCAAUGUCCUCAACCUCUGCCUCUCUGGGACAUAGACACUCGGAAGUUGAAAGUGGCAGUAGCUCCUUGGACUGGUCAUCAAACUACAAAAGACCCACUGCUUAUGACUCUAAAUAUUAUUCAUCUGCUUCGUCUAGCUAUGCAAACAGUGGUGACAGCAGUUUUAAUGCUUCCAGAGAAAAAGAACAUGAUAUGCAGUCUAUUCCGGGGUUAGGAGGUUAUGACUAUCCAGUGCCAGACAAACCUGCAGCCCCCAUAGAGUCUUGUCAACCCCAAUACACCUCUGAAUCAGCGUCUAACAUCCUACUGCAAUUUGGACUUGAAAAAGAGGACCUUGAUUAUCUUCUCUCCUACCCCGAGGACCAGAUCACUCCUGCUAACCUGCCGUUCAUCUUGCGCCAAAUCUGCAUUCAGAAGGACAAGAUGGCUACAACGGCAGCUCAGCCAAAACCAUACCCCGAACCCCAACCCACCAGAAGCAUGAGUGGAGGGGCAGGACUGCGCAAGAAAGAGAUGUCAUCUGCUGCUCGCCAGCCAAGUAAAGUAAUUGACUAUGGACAUACUGGUAAAUAUACUGGAGAGGUUGGGGAUGAAAUUGGAAGGACCAGGUGCAGUAGAGCUAACAGUGGUGGACGUAUGUUGCCGAUGGACACUUCCGAUAGUAGCAGACACAGUCGAGAUCCACUGCCAAAAACUACAACGGAGGCGAAAAGCAGAGCCUUGGGUUCUUCACAUGAGCAGGCGACUUCUGUUCCCAGUCUCAGGUCUUCGUACAGUUCAGUACUGAAGUCUGUGGCUCCCCCGAGCAAUGAUCAGACCAAACGAUUGCAGACCUCCAAACCUGUUCCUUCAAAAGAACCAGAGGCACAUCACCAGUCAGCAUUGAGGACCAAACCAACCAGCACUAUGUUGCAUGGUAUGCACCCCAUCCGACCUGGACUUCUGCUCACUAGCAGUAAUGACACCAGGGGCUCUAAGGAUCAGAAUAAAACUCGAGUUCAAGGGUCAGCAGUUCCUGAGCGAUUGAAAAAGCAAAAGACCCAGCAGCAGAGGCUGAAAAGGCAAAUUAAGCAAAAAUUGAAGCGGCAGCAGAAAAAGCAGCAAUUGCAGAUGGGGCAAGCGAUGGGGCCUGCUGCAAAAUCAGUUCCCCCUGCUUCACUCAUCCCCAGCCUCUCUGAUGCCUCAUGGGCCAUGCAACAUCCAGGCAAUCCUCGCCCCAUCGUCAUUCCUCCAGCUCUGUCUCAGUCGCUCCCAACACUGAGCAAGCAGCCUCCAGCAAAGGUCUCCAAGCAUCUGCCAACGCUGGCCAUGAUGCAUGACUAUGCAGCGGCCUCACCGAGAAUCUUUCCACAUACCUGUUCUCUUUGUUACAAAGAAUGUACUCAUAUGAAGGAUUGGCUCUCCCAUCAGAACACCAACCUUCACCUUGAGAACUGCAAUCUCCUCCGAAGAACAUACCCAGAUUGGGAUGGUCAGAUAGCGCUCGCACCCAGGACUGCAAGUAAAGGUGUCAAGCCCGCAGCCUCAACCUCUGCACAGACUUCCCAGUAUCGCCACCAGAAAACCAGCCAUGAAAGUCGCUCCCGUUCCCACUCGUUCAGCCCCAGCGUCCAGGGUAGAAGGGAGAAAAGCUGUAUCCAAUCACAAUCACCGCACAGUUCCAGAUACACCCGCAGGUCUCGGUCCCGGUCUCGUUCUCACUCCCCACGAUAUGACUGCCCGACCUCCUUCCGCUAUCGGUCACGUUCAAGAACCCCUGAGAGACGAUUGUUGCCAAGGUUGAAAGAUGAGAAAUGGUCCUCACCAAGGAGGAGUGGCGAGAGAAAAUCAUCUCCAACAUGGAGUCGUGAAAGAAGAUCGUCAUCAUGGAGGAGUGAUGACAGACAAUUGUCACCAUGGAGGAGUGACGAGAGACAAUCGCCACCAUGGAGGAAUGAUAACAGACGAUCGCCACCAUGGAGGAAUGAUGACAGACGAUCUUCUCCAAGAUGGAGUUGUGAGAGAAGAUCGCCACCAUGGAAGAGUAACGAGAGACAAUCACCACCAAGGAUGAGCCAUGAAAGGCGAUUCCCCACGGAGGGAUCAUCCUUUCAAGGAAAGAAGUCAAGGAACGCAAAGAGAUGGGCAAAGAAACUGCUGAAAAAAUCAGAGGUCCACACUCAGUCUAACCUUGAUGUUGUGGUUAAAACUCUGGCUCCUGCUUUACUGGCUGAGCUAGCUAAGAUGAAGUCCUCAUCUUCAUCACCAUCCUCUACAGCAAAGGUGUGGACAGCAAAUCCCUCUAAAGCAAAGCGCGCUUUGCAGAAGGGCAAGACAAGUUCUUUCACAAAGACUAAGACUGGUAAAUCUUUACCUCUAGUCAUGGUGAGGCUCGAAGGGAUUCAUAGUUCUCUCUCACAAAAUGAUGUGGGCGCUGCUGUCAAGCAAUUUGGAAAAACCAAGUCAGUUGUACUGUUUCCGUCCAAACAGGAGGGAAUCGUGUGUUUCGACAAAGCGGAAGACGCCAAGAAAUUGAGGGGAGUAAAGCACCUCAAUGUGAAAGGAAUUGCAGUCACUGUUGUCAGAGAAAAGGGAACUGGUUCUAUGAAGCGAAAAAAAAAACCCGCCACAUCCAGUCAGUCCACUCCCACGAGAAAGGUUCUUCUUCCUACACCUAACAUUUCUCUGAUUAAACUGCCUCUAUCCUCUGGAGCCACGAAAGCUACAGCAGGAAAACUUGCCAAUCAGAAGAUUGCGCCUAAAGGCUCAGUUAAAGGCACUAAAGCGAAAGUGUUGGUUUCCAAAGCGAAAAAAGUCUCAACCAAGCAGGUCACUAAAAAGGUAAAAACAGGAAAGUUGCCUGCGAAGGGACCUGUUAAAAAGGCUGCGGUAAAGCGGAAAAGCUCAAAGUCCACUGCACAUGCACCAGAGACCAAGACUGAUGCUCCACGAGUGCAACAGCCGGCUGCAAGAAUCUCCACUGAAGCUGCUGUGGAGGUAAUGCUGCAAGGUGGAGGGGUGGAGACAAAAACAAUGCAAAAAGAUCCUGUGACUGAAGUGAUGUCAAAAAGAGGUGCAACAUCAGCUAAGGAUGCAUCCGCUGUAUCCUUAUUUGAUCUCAACCAGGGUCAAGAUGAUUUCUCAGAUGACAGUGAGGACAAUUUCAACAUGGAUGACUUUGUCACUGUUGAUGAAAUUGGUGAUGAUGUGGAAGACACAAGUCCAGAGUCUACUGAAACCCCUUCCUCCCCUGGUCAUAAAGCACAACAAAGGACGACAAAAUCUCCAUUUAAAGCAUCAAAUACCACAUCCAGUUGUAGUACACACUUGUUUUAUGCUGCAUGCGAAAGGGAAAUGAUAACAUCAGCAGUAACUGUCGAAGCGUCAGUAGAGACUCACCUGGAGUGGCUUAGAGAAGAAGCAAAAGCCACAGAGGGCGCAGUAACAAAGUUUGACCACAAGAUGUCAGCAGAGGGUGUUGCUGCUAAAACUGUUGGGUCAGAGACAAAAAUAGAAACCACAUCAGAGAUGCAUUCACCUUCACAGCGACAAGGGUAUGAGUUUAGUCAAGUCCAAAGUCUGGACAUUGAUGUUAAUGUUGAAACACUCAAAGACCCGAAUAAAAGCAAAGAGGAAGGAAAAGAUGAUGAUGUUGACAAACAAACAAAGGAGGAGGAGGAGGAUGAAAACUACCAAAUCCUCAAUUCACUAGAUGAUCGAACAGAUGAACAGAUGGAUAAUGAGGAGCAUUAUGGGAGCUCUGAACUCAAGCAAUCUGAACUUGAGGAAGGCAAGACUUUGCAUGAGGAAAGCUAUCAGGUCUUGGACAGUGUUGACAACGAAGACCAAGACUUCCAAGAGGUGAACCGUAAAAUUAAAAUGGAUGGUUCUUUCCAAGUGCUGAACAGUGCUACCGAAGACCAAGCAGCAACAAGUCAAGAGGACAGGCUCCUGGUCCAAGAUGGCGGUUCCACAGUGAAACAACUGUCUGAAGAAGAUGCAGUUCCAGUAGUCGACAAAUCUGAUGAUGCAGUUAAAGAUCAGGAGAUACAUAACAAAGACAAGUUGGAUACAGGUGGCAAACAAGCUUCAAUGAGCAAUGGUGAUGGGAAGACAAAAGAAGAAGAAGAAGACAAAGGGAAAUUGCUUAAGGUAGAAUCUUGCAAAGUCUUCAAAGAUGUGGAAAAUCCUGAUGGCCAAAUCCCAAAUGAAGACCAGCCUCUUCAAGACUGUAACUAUGAUUGUACUGAACAAGAAACCUUUGAGAUAUUGGAUUCAGUUGAUGAUCAGACUGCAACAAAAGAUGAACUUGAAACUCCCAAUGACCAGCUAUCUAAAGGUGAGCUUAGGUCCAUAGAAGAAGAGAAAGGCACAUAUCAGGCAACUGAUACUUUGGGAGAUCAGCCACUGACCACAGAGUCAGAGAAGGACAACAUGGAAAGAAGGACUGAGAAAUGGGAGGCCACUGCUAGAAAAGAUGGUGGACCAUCAAAAAGGAGUGACCCCAAAACCACAACAUCCAAAAGUGAAGAAGUGACAUCACCAAAGAAACAGCACAGGAAUGUUAAAAAGUAUGACACACGGAAGAAGAGGCACACCACUGCAGGAGUUUCUAAAAAAGACAAGGAGACCACUGAGGGGAUGAUGUUUGAGAUAGUGGAUUCUGUUGAAGAUGAAUUGGUUCAAGAUUCUGCCACCACAGAAACAUCUACGUAUGAAAUAUUGGACUCUGUGGAGGACAACGUUAAGGAUGAUAGGCCUGCUACAGGACUCAAAGGUAAAAGGGGAAGACCAAAGAAAGAGAUGAAAACAACUAAGAAAGACACAAUUAAGUCCCAAAUUAAUACUGCAACACCUGAAGAGGAAAAUAAACUAAAUUCACCCAAGAAACACUACAAAACUAGCCCCGUGGUGAACCUGGUGAAUGGGAGGGGAGGGGACACCAAGGAGACACUGGAGACCCGCCCACUCCACCAGAACGAAUCAGAGGACUCUUUGAACCCAGAGACUUUGGUGACUUUAGAUGAAGCUGGCGAUGAUGAUGAGGAAGAGCAGCCGCAUGCAGAGCAACCUGAGAAAACAUCAAGAUCUGCUAAACGCAAACACGGUGACGAUACAGAGGAAAGUGUGAACUUUGUGAUCGUAGACGAGGUGGAAGAGGAGGAGGAAAACAAAUCCGUUACAACCAAGACAAGAGGCCGAGCUGAGAAGAGAACCAGAACCGGAACCAGACAGACCCCCGUGAGAAAUACUACCAGAGGGAAAAAAGUGAGCGUAAAAGACGAGAGACAAGAAGUUGACGUACUGCCUCCCACUUCACUCGAUGCCUCCUCGUCAUUGGACAAAGAUCCGUCUACGUUGUCGAGCUGCGACCAGCUGAAGGUCCAAAAGACUGAGACUGAGGAGGAAGCAGCGAGCCAAGCUGACAGUGAUGCUGCCUCAGCUGAGCAGGAGCUGCAGUCAGAGCGCCCUGAGAACCAAACACUGGAGGGAGGCGUGGAGGAAGGAGAGGAGGAGAAGGAAGGAUGGAGCAGGGCAGACAUUAAAGUUGUGAGUAAACAGAGGAGGGAACUUGUCGGACCCGAGGCAAAGAGAUCUCGUUCUCAGUCUCCUUCUGUCGCUGCUGACCUCAAACUGCCGGCAUUCAAACCCAACAACCCCCUCGGUCGGGAGUUUGUGGUCCCCAAAUCUGGGUUUUUCUGUAACCUCUGCUCUGUUUUCUACCUGAACGAGAGCACAGCCAAGGACCUCCACUGCAGCAGCCAGAGACACUACGACAACCUGCAGAAACAUUAUCAGAAGCUUGAACAGAAACCAUCAACGAGUUCAACACGAAGUUCUCAAGGCUCUGUGUCUGAUUGAUCCCAACUUCAUCUACUGAUUAUUUUUCCUUUGGUUAAAAAAUGUGAAAAAGUGAAACAUCUGCAAUUCUACCUCCCUCCAACUCUACAGUUUUGGUGCCUUGCUCCGCCCUGUUACGCUGCAUCAUUCAUAUUCUGAAAACUGGAAACAGGAGGAGAGUUUCAUCAGGAACUCUUUUACCCAUCAAUAAAUUAAAACAAAUAAAAAAACAAAUAAAAACAAAUAAAAAAGAGCACUUGCAGUCGUGAUGCAUUUAUGGUCAAACAGCUUAGUCAGGGUCAGGAUUACCAUGUUUUAUUCACUGGAAGGGCAUCUUUGAGGGCACUUUAUAACGUUUUAUCUACCAUAGAGGCAUACAAGAGGGUCCACCAGUCGUCUAAAUUAAAGUACUUUCUGUUUGGCACAGUAGUGAAAUAAAUCACCCAUGUCUCAUUUAAGUAAUAAGUCUAUACUCUUACAUUUCAUCAUUAAAUCUAAUAACAUUUUGACAUGUCUGACGCAGCAUGUAGCACCUUUUGUGAAGGAUGAACUGUUUCUAUGGGAGCCUCUGAACUUGUUUUUAAAAUGGUAUAUAAGAAGCCUGGAAUUUAAUGUUGUACAUGAUGUAAAAAGACAAUCAAACCAGUUGAGGGUGUUUGUCUCUCAAGGACAGUUUCUUAUUGUUUCUAGUUUUUUGAGAGAAUAUUUCAUGUAAACAAUAAAAAUCAUAGAAAUGA